CUCAUCUUCCUUUUUUUGCCUCCCGAACUAAGACCCAAUUCGUUAGACGGUAAUUGAUCCAAGAAGAAAUGGGUACGACGUAGUCGCGGGUGGAAGGUGAAGGUCGGGAAGCCAUGAACUUUUUUUCAUGAAAUCUUGGCAUUCAGGUUGUUGGCUUUCUCCACCACCAGCAUAGCGAUAAUGGGUUUUGCUUCCCUUUCUCUGAGGCCCUUUGCACAGCCUCUCUGCUGCAGGAACAGCAGAUGCAUGUGCUGUAGAAGGACAGACUCUUUUUCUGGUCGUAAGAUGCUGAAAGUAUUGUGUUCGCCCAUGAAAAUUACUAGCUUUUGCUACUCCCAGAGUGCUUAUAUGAACUCCAAAGAAGUGGUGGAAGAUAAGCUUCUGAUUGAUUGUGGUCCGGAUCAAGAAUGUGUGAUUGGUGGUAUUGUUGCUUUGGGAAAAUUUGAGGCCCUUCAUGUUGGCCAUCGAGAACUUGCAAUACAAGCAUCAAAGGCUGGAACUCCCUUCCUUCUUUCAUUUAUUGGCAUGGCAGAAGUUCUUGGUUGGGCACAUAAGGCACCUAUAGUUGCGAACUGUGACAGGAAGCGGGUCCUUGCUUCUUGGGCACCUCUUUGCGGUAAUAUGGUGCCACUAGAAUACCAUGUUAAUUUUUCAAAUGUUCGGUACCUUAGUCCACGACAAUUUGUAGAGAGGUUAUCCAAAGAGCUUGGAGUAAGUGGAGUUGUAGCAGGAGAAAAUUAUAGAUUUGGCUAUAAGGCAGCAGGUGAUUCAUCUGACCUGGCACACUUAUGUGAAGAGUAUGGGCUUGCUGCUUACAUUGUGAGACCUGUCAUGGAUAAACUCCAGACAUGCAAUGGAGUAAGUUUCACUAAUGGUAAAGAGAAAGGUCAGGUUUCAUCUACUCGGGUUCGCCAUGCCCUUGCUUCUGGUAAUAUGGAAUAUGUAUCACAGCUUCUGGGGAGAAGUCAUCGUCUUUUUAUGACAAACACCAGGGGGCAUGUAGUAAUGGGAAGUCGGCUCUCAUUGCCUACUUUGUGCUUGAUGAAUCAGCAGCCAAAGGAGGGAUCUUACAAUGACUGCACCUUGUAUGUGGACGGCUUUGUUGGAGACUGUAAUGUUGUCAUUGAUGGUACACAUAUACAUAUUGAAACAGAGUCCUGGCCACCCUUAGACGAUAACUGUCUAAUAAGCGUCGAAUUCAAUGGCAGUGUCUCCAGGGAAUCUUGAGUAGUUAUAGUUGUUUAAUAAGCAUGAAAUGAAAUUCAACGUUUCCUCCUUUUGAUGAA